UCUCACAAAGACCCAUUCCAUUACAUUCAAAAGAUAGCGAGAAUGAAGGGCGGGAGGAAGAGGUCACGACAUGCUUCUACUAGUGAGGAUCCAGCGGAUCGACACGAGCGCUUGCAUGCUUCUACCAGGCGCGGCGACCAUAUUGCAGCCACUCAGGCGGUAGAGGCUUCAGCUCCGUCUCCAUCCCCAUCUGCUACUCCGGUCGAGGCUCCGUUAGCUACCCCGGCUCCAUCUGCUACUCCGGUCGGGGCUCCGUCAGCUACCCCCGCUCCAUCUGCUACUAGGGCUCCGGCUGAGCUGGACCCUGCUCCGUUGUCUCCGAUGGCUGAGUUACCUCGUCAGGAGACAUCUUCUUCUGAGCCUAGUGGCGAGGAGUCUUCUUCUUCUUCUGAGCUUAGUGGUGAGGAGGAGGAGCCUCUUAUUCUGCAGGAGGAGAUUGAUGCUGCUGAUGUUAUGCCAGAGGGCGGUGCAGAGGGCGGUGCGGAUGACGACCUCAUCCAGAGGGUGGCACCGUUUCCCGGGGGGCCUGAGGAUCUGUCGCUUCUUGCGCAUUAUCCUGACCACAAGGCUCCUUGGACGUGGCAGGCACUUCUUCGCACAGACCCGCGGUACGUGGACCGUCGGACAUUGAGGGUGGCCACUGUUGGGGGGAAGGUAUGGAACCUCCCCUGUGAUGGCGAUUCAGAGGCCCACACACAUGUGCGACAGCUGCUGCAGCAGACGGGUUUGUAUCACCUGCCUUGGUGCGGGUUACCGGAGACAGACCCAGCUGUCGUACUGGCCCUUGUUGAGAGAUGGCAUGAGGAGACGAGUAGCUUCCACAUGCCGUUCGGGGAGAUGACUAUCACCCUGGACGAUGUGUCUGCUCUUCUCCAUCUUCCCACAGGGUCGAGGUUCUACACUCCGGGCAGAGGGGAGCGAGACGAGGUUGCAGCACUAACCCAAGGCCAACCGUCCUGA